AAAAAAUCUAUAAAUACAUCUAUUUUCUACCAUUUUCUACACCUCUUCUCCAACUCUUCUCCAUCUUCAAUUCUUCAUCUUCUCGACUUCUCUUAUUAUCAUACAUUUCUACUUAUACAUCUACCAUUUUAAAGAUGGAAAGUAAUUCUUCUGUUAUGCAAAACAACUUUGAUAAGUGGAAGGACCCGAAGAUCGGACUGUGGUGGGCAACUUGCAAGUGGUGCAAGAAAGAGUGUUGCUUGGGGCGUUCACACGGAGUCGGGAUGCCAAUAAAACAUAUGAAGUCAUGUGACAAAGGUAAAACAACAACCAACGGUGGCGGAAAUCCCAAUUGAUAUUUAUUCGAAAAUGUAUUUCAUAUUGUUAUUUUUUCCUCAAUUCUCAAAUGUACUUCCUAUUUCAAAUAAAUGCACUUGAAUUUUGUUUUUAAUAACAAUUAUUAUAAUAAUAUAAUAUAUAAUUUAAA